UAUCGGCGUUGUGCCGCUAGUACUAAUACGGGAAGUAGACCAUUCAAGUGCAGCGUGUGCCAAAAGACAUUCUCACAACGCAGCCAUCUUCGUGUGCACCUUCGAACCCAUACUGGACAGAAACCGUACGAGUGCACCGUGUGCCACACGAGUUUCGCCCAGUGGGGCGGUCUUCAAAAGCAUCAACGAACCCACAACGGUGAGAAGCCAUUCGAGUGCCCUCUGUGCGUCAAAAAGUUCUCGCGUUCAUGUAUUCUACAGCAACAUGUUCUAUCCCACACCGGAGAGAAGCCAUAUGAGUGCACCGAGUGCCACAAGGCCUUUCGUUCGCCCGGCCAACUGCAACGCCAUCUUCGGACCCACACUGGAGAGAAACCAUUCGAGUGCACUCUUUGCCAUAAAACAUUUGCAAGACCGGGCACUCUGCGUGUCCAUCUGCGGACACAUACUGGGGAGAGACCAUAUGCGUGCGACGUGUGUGACAAGGCGUUUACUACAUCCUCCGCCCUUAAGGCCCAUCUUCGAAUCCACACAGGAGAAAAACCAUUCGAGUGCAGCGAGUGUCCCAUGAAAUUUACUUGUUCUAAUGGUUUAAAGAGACACAUGCAAACACACACGGGGGUGAAACCAUUUGAGUGCUCCCUGUGUCGGAGGAAAUAUUCCAGGCCAUAUGAUCUACGUUUGCACCUUCUAAGCCACUUGGCGACAAAACCAGUAGUUUGCGCCUUGUGCGACAAGGAGUUCUCUAGUUCAUCUGAGUUGCGUUCUCAUGUUCAAGGCCAAGGGGAGGAACCACUCAAAUGCAAGGUGUGCCAAAAAAAGUUUGCAACACUAUGUCAAUUGUUCUCCCAUCUGCGGUCCCACCCAGAAGAGAUAGCGUACGAGUGCAUCUUUUGUGACAAGAAAUGUUCCACUUCGUUUGCACUGAAGAGACAUCUUCGAACCCACACAGGAGAGAAGCCGUUUGAGUGCACAGUCUGUCACAAGCAAUUUUCACAACCAGGAAAUCUGCGUGAGCAUCUCCGGUCCCACACUGGGGAGAAACCGUAUAAGUGUACUGUGUGCCACAAUGAAUUUGCGCAAUCAAGUCAAUUGUACUCGCAUCUUCGAACUCACACGGGGGAGAAACCGUAUGAAUGCACGGAGUGUGACAGGAAAUGCUCUACAUCCAGCGCUCUGAGAGAGCAUCUUCGGACCCACACAGGGGAGAAGCCGUAUAAAUGCAGCGUGUGCGACAAGAAAUUCUCUUCUUCAAAGGGGUUCCAUACGCAUCUUCGAACCCACACCAGGUAGAAGACAUUUUAGUUUGUGACUAGAAAUUCUCGCACCCAAGCUCGGGCACUAACGGCGAGACCGGCGAGACACCGUAUGGAACGCUAACAAUACACCGUGUACUACAGUGAGUUUCCACUCCUCUCGUAUUUCGUGUGUGCAUCUCUGUGGGUCCAUAAAGAGGAUGAUCCAGUCAUUCUCUAUAGUAAUCGAUUGUUGUCGUUUUUACACCAUAUGUUUAUAUGUUGUGACAGUGUGAUUUGUGAACACUUAGUUAGGCUGGUAGCCCUGCUUGUCCCCCCACUCUGCCGUGAUAAUGUUUACAUGUUUGAUGGUGGAUUUAGUCGUCCUCCUUUAGGCGUCCUCAUUGAGGCAGCUCGCCUUAGAGGUUUUGAGGGCUGUGAUUGGCUGAAAACCUCAGAGGGAUCGUCCAGGAAGUACGUCCAUCAAUCGCCGUUACGAACCUACCAAGUUCAGCUUAAUCACGGUCUCAUAGCGCCUGACGACUAGGCAACAUCCUGCCUACAGUGCAUGCGUGUACUGCGGGGUGGCCUACCCCGUGUCUCGCAGGCGCCGAGCUCCCGUUACUUGCCGAAUGAUUUUGAGAAAAAUGGACGCACUUUCUGGACGAUCCCAAUGAGGACGCCUCACCGUACGAGACUAAAUCGACUAUGAUGUUCGCUACCUGGGAGGUCAGUCUUGACUUGGCCCAUGGCUGUACAACAACUAACUGGAGCCAAUAAAUAUAUACGUCCACUACACCCGGUAGUCUUCAUUUACGUUCACAACAGUUUAUAAAGUUCUCUUUUUAAUUUAAAUGGAAUGUCUGAUUGUUAACCCUUUGUCAAUUGUAUUUCUAAUUUUGAUUUUUUUCAUUAGUGUUGAGUGAAAUUGUAUUGUUUAUGCAAAUAUAGUGUUUGCCUGCUUUUUCAUCUUA